UUGAAGUUGAUUUGAGCAUGAACGAAUAUGAUUCAAGUGCUAGUGACAUAAAUAUUGAAAAUAAAACGACUGAAUUAAAAACAAUACUAGAAAAGAUCCGAGAUCUAUUUAUUGAUAGUGUUCCGGCUCAAAUAGGCUUAUUUGUCACAUUCCGAAUUCACAGAAUUCAAAAUCCACCUACAAAAUAUAUAAUUUAA